AAGGCACACAACCGCCCAGCCCUUAAAAUGUUUUUAAAGUACAUUUUGGAGAUUUGAAUUUAUUCAUUUUGUUACAUCAACUUGGUAGUUUAUCUACUGACCACAUAUGUUUUCCAUUUCUUUUCUGCAGUAGGCUUGAGUAAAUCUUCUUUAGUUCCCUGCUAUAGUGACCCUUGUGCAAGUCAACACAAAAUUCAAUUUUGUAUGAAGCCAUUCUUAAAAUGUACUAACUUUUUUGUUGGAAAGUACCAUCAGUUCAUCUUCAGUUAAAGUCAGCGGAGUUGAAGUAUAUAUACAUUACUUACAUGAAACACUGAUUAGAAAUGUAAGGAUAUAUAAAACAAUGGUUGUCUCCGAAUCUAAGAGGAUAAAUAAAGGAAAGAUGGCGUGCUUGUUUUCUUCUUUUUUCUCUUGCACCCAAGAUCAAAAUAAAAUCAAACAUGAAUCUAAUAAGACGAGAAAAAAUCUUCAGAGAGACAAUAAGGUUUCUAGGGAUGAGAACAAUGCUCUCAGAAAAGAAAACAAGUCCCUUUGGAGAGAAAACAAAGCUCUUCGACAAGAAAACAAAACCUUCCGGAUGGACAACCAGUUAAUCCGGGAGGGGAAUCAGUCCCUGAGACAGCAAACCCAGGUGCUAUGGAAGUGCAAAAGUCUUAUUUUAGAAAGCCAAACAAAAUCUGGGGGGAAACCCAAUGCAUUGAACAAAGAAAAUAAGUCUUCCUGGCAACAGAACAGAUCCCUUAUAGCUCAGAUCAGGGCUUUCAGGGAACAGGAGAAAGCCUCCCAGAAUGAAAUGAAAGCUCUCAAAGAGAAAAUAAAGUCUCUUCAUGAGGAAAUCAAAGCCCUACAUCACCAGGAAAGGGCAAUAAUGAUGAAGGGAUGUGCCCUGAUGAAAGAAGGAAUAGCACUAGAGAUGGAGGAGCAGGCACUGUGGAAGGAGGAGCAGGCCCUUCGUAAGGCGAACAAAGCUCUGAGAGAAGAAAACAGUGCUCUUCAAGAGGAAGAAAAAGCCCUUCUGGAAGAGGCAACCAUCUUGGAGAAGUGGAAUAUAAUUCUUCAGGGGAAAGACAACAAACUUGCUUGUUGGAAAAGUGCACAAAAAUAAAAUAGAGCAGGUGAAUUAUUGACUUGACGAAGUAAUCAGCAAACCUUAAAGAUCAUUAUGGAAUAUUAAAAAUACAACCUUUGAUGAUGAAAUAGUGGUUGGAUACAAAAGCCUUGCAGUCUAUAGUACUCAGUAUCUGGUCCUGGGAAUGAAAUAAAAUCCUAAAGAGUUAAGAAAAAAAUUAUUUGUGUUAUGGUGU